AUGAUACAAUUAUAUUAUUUACUUCUUUACACUAUUUUAUUUGCAAUAAUAUGUAUAAUUGUGUUUUCUAUAAUAUUAUUUAUAAUAACAAAACCAUAUCCAGAAAUAUGGCGAGAUGAGAAAGAAAAAUAUUUUUUUAAUCCAAAAACAAAAAGUAUAGAUGCUUUUCCAUCUUUAUAUGAAAAAUGGAGUGUACAUUUAAGUGUUGUAAUACCAGCAUAUAAUGAAGAACAAAGAUUGCCAGUAAUGUUAGAUGAAUGCUUGGAAUAUUUGGAACAGCGUUCAAAAAAUGGACACACUUAUGAACUGAUUAUAGUAAGUGAUGGAAGUUCUGAUAAAACUGUGGAUAUUGCUCAUAUGUAUGCACUAAAAUAUGAUAACAUUAGAGUAUUAAAUCUUAUUAAGAACAGAGGAAAAGGUGGUGCAGUAAGACUAGGUAUACUGAGUGCAAGAGGAAGUGUAAUAUUAUUUGCAGAUGCAGAUGGUGCUACUAAAUUUAAAGAUUUGGAAAAGUUAGAUGAUAGUUUGAAAAAUAUUUUAGGAUUUGAUUAUAUAGAUAAACCAAAUGAAGUAAGUUCCUCUCAUGCAAUAGUAUGUGGAUCCAGAGCUCACUUAGGAGAAGAAGAAACUGCCAAAAGAUCUUUUUUCCGAUUAUUUUUAAUGCAUGGAUUCCAUUUCCUAGUUUGGUUUUGGGGUGUAAGAGAUAUCAGAGAUACACAGUGUGGUUUUAAACUUAUAACACGUGAAUCUGCAAGAGCUGUAUUCCAAGCCUUACAUGUUGAACGUUGGGCAUUUGAUGUAGAGAUGUUAUAUAUUGCAAAAAUUUUAAACAUUCCUAUUACUGAGAUUCCUGUAAAUUGGACAGAAAUUGAAGGAUCGAAAAUAGUCCCCUUUUGGAGCUGGCUACAAAUGGGUAAAGACAUAUUUUUCAUUUGGUAUAAAUACAGAAUUGGAGCAUGGAAAAUAAAAAGAUCUAAACAAACGUAAUAUGAAUGUGCACAGAAUUCAAAAUAUAUAAACCAAUCUUAUAUACAAAAUUUCCAUUGCAAAAAAUAAUAUUGGGUAUAUUUAAUAGAGUAAUCAUGAAAUAUUUUUCUUUUAUAAGGAAAGGUAAAGAAGGUUUUUACUUCAAUGUAAAAAAUCAUAACAGCUUUUGUUAUUAAUAAUUUUUAUUUUGUUGAACAAUCGUACAAAAGAGUCAUAAGUGUUUUUAUAAAAUGAGAGAGUUAUAUAAUAUUUUAGGUUUAUUUAAUCAGGUUUAACCAAGAUAUAUUAUCUCGUUCUAUUUAUUAUAUUUUAUAAUAUGUAUUCAACAUUAUUAAUAAAUACUAUUUUACAAA